AUGGAGGAGCACAAGACCAUCCACGAGCUCAAGCAGCGCAUCGUGGACGACAUGCGCUGCGACUGCCGUGCCGAGGACGUGGCCCUCUUUUGGGCGAAGAAGAAGGACCACGAGUGGCUCAAGACUCGCGACGGAGACUAUCAUCUCCUCCGCCCAGGCGGCAUUCAAGACGAAGCGUGGGAGGUCCUGGACAACGCGGACAACGUGCUGGACCCGCAGGCGAUGGUGUCCGAGGAAAGAUUCAGCUUCCGAGGUGUGAACGAUCUCCGGCAUUUUGAGAUCCACGUUCUUGCGCUACUCCCCGUGCACUACGACCAUUUCCCCGGUAGAAUAAUGAUAAGUCGAGUCCGUUAUAAGCGCAUUGCCGCGACCAUUUCUCUGGUAGAAUAA